AUGAAACAUUUAUUUGAAGACGUAGAUGAAGACAUGAAUGAAAGCAGUGAAAAGCUCAACAGUUCUCUCAUUCUUCCUUUCAGUAAGGACUAUGAGUUCUGUUCAAAUGGUGUUUAUUUCUAUUGUGGAAAGAUGGGUUCAGGUAAGACAUUUAAUUUAAUUCGUCAUAUACUCAUAACAGAGCGUUUAGGAAACGACUCUUACUAUGACCAAAUCAUUAUAUUAGCAACUUCAGACUCUAUGGACUCAACAGCGAAAACAUUUAUGUCAAAAGUUCAAGCCUCUGUCGUUAAAGUUCCAGACAGUGAACUCAUUGAAUUUCUUCAACGUUACAUUCGACGUAAGAGGAAAUAUUAUGCCAUCGUUGAAUUUAUACAGUCAGGAAUGCAAAAGACUUCUGAGGAGAUGGAAAGAAUUAUUGACAAACACCACUUACGUCAAUACUCAGGAGUAUACGAUAUGAAACGACUUACAAACUACAUUCUAUCAAAACUUUCAAAAUACCCCUUCAAAAAAUAUCCUUCAAACACUCUGCUCGUUUGUGA